GUCAUUUUUUGAUAGUUUCAACUUGCUCUGAUUUGGAAAUUUUACAGCUCUGCCCCACCACAUUUCAACACGCCUCCACAGCCGUCGGCAGCUUAAAUACUUUGUUUCCCAGAAGAUUCACAAAGAGCAAGAAAAGGGAGAAAAAGUUUAAAGAUUCAAUCUUGAUCUGUGUUCUUGUUAAUUAAAUCAAAGUUUUGAUUUUUAAUUUCUGGGGUUUGUGUAAAACUUUGAUUGGAUUCUUGAUUUUGGGAUAGAAAGACAAUGGGGUUUAAGAAAGAUGAAGCAAGUUCAUCAUCCCAUGUUUUGAGCAUCCCAAGAGAAGAUACACCACUUCUAGGCAAGAAUCAACAUCUUUCUUCUCCUUCCAAGACUUUUGCUAAUGUUUUCAUAGCCAUAGUUGGAGCUGGAGUUCUUGGUCUUCCUUAUACAUUCAAGAGAACAGGAUGGGUCAUGGGUUCUAUCAUGCUCUUCUCAGUUGCCUUCCUUACCUACUACUGUAUGAUGCUUUUGGUCUAUUCCAGGCGUAAGAUUGAAUCCCACAUCAAAGCUGCAAAGAUUUCAUCUUUUGGUGACUUGGGGUUUGCUGUGUGUGGACCUGUUGGUAGAUUGGCUGUUGAUCUUAUGAUUAUUCUCUCUCAAGCUGGUUUUUGUAUCAGUUACUUGAUUUUUGUAGCUAAUACUUUAGCAUAUUUAUUCAAUUAUUCAAUUGCAACACCAGAUCCUAAAAUCUUGGGAUUUUCACCCAAAGCAGUGUAUAUCUGGGGCUGUUUUCCAUUCCAGUUGGGGUUGAAUUCAGUUCCCACACUGACUCUUUUAGCCCCUUUGAGUAUUUUUGCUGAUAUUGUUGAACUAGGAGCUAUGGGUGUAGUGAUGGUUGAGGAUGUGAUGAUUUACCUCCAGAACAGGUCUGUUCUUGAAAUGUUUGGUGGGUUCAAUGUGUUUUUCUAUGGACUUGGUGUGGCUGUGUAUGCUUUUGAAGGGAUUGGUAUGGUUUUGCCUCUGGAAUCAGAGACAAGAGACAAGGACAAGUUUGGGAAAAUCUUGGGAUUGGCAAUGGGCUUCAUAUCUUUGUUGUUUGGUGCUUUUGGAGUAUUGGGCUACUUUGCAUUUGGGCAAGACACCAAAGAUAUAAUCACUACUAAUCUUGGGCAGGGAUUGCUCAGCACCUUUGUUCAACUUGGCCUUUGCAUAAACCUGUUUUUCACUUUCCCACUUAUGAUGAAUCCUGUCUAUGAAGUGAUGGAAAGGAGAUUCUGUGAAGGCAGGUAUUGUGUGUGGUUGAGAUGGCUUGUGGUUUUAGCAGUGACUUUUGUUGCAUUGGUGGUGCCCAAUUUUGCUGAUUUCUUGUCACUUGUUGGGAGCAGUGUGUGCAUUGUUUUGGGAUUUGUGUUACCUUCUUUGUUUCACCUGAUUGUGUUUAAAGAUGAAUUGAGAUGGCAUACUUUGGCUUCUGAUGCUGCAUUGAUUGUCAUGGGCACAGUUUUUGCAGCCUAUGGAACCUCUUCUUCCCUGAUGGAGAUCUUAGCAAAAAAGGUUUAAGUUUUUUUUUCUCAUAGCAUUUCAUAAGAUGUAUAUUAAAGAGAUUGUUUUUAUUCCUAAUCAAAGGGUAAGUAAGUUCACACUUUGUUCCUACUAGUAAUAAAUUUGUUAAGCUAUUAUUUGUGAGUAUGUUGAGGGGUGUGAGGGUCAUAUUCAUGUAUGAUUAUUUAUACUGAAAGAAGCUAUAAUUACUCAAAAAUGGCCAAUUUGGUUGUCUCCUCUUUAUACUAUA